AUGCAGUUAACACAUCAGCUGGACCUAUUUCCUGAAUGGAGAGUAACCCUUCUCUUAUUUAAAGAUGUAAAAAAUGCUGGAGAGUUGAGAAAAAAGGCCAUGGAAGGUGCUAUCGAUGGUUCAUUAAUAAAUCCUACAGUGAUUGUUGAUCCGUUUCAGAUACUUGUGGCAGCAAACAAAGCAGUUCAUCUCUACAAACUGGGAAAAAUGAAGACAAGAACUCUGUCUACUGAAAUUAUUUUCAACCUUUCCCCAAAUAACAAUAUUUCAGAGGCUUUGAAAAAAUUUGGUAUCUCAGCAAAUGACACUUCAAUCCUAAUUGUUUACAUUGAAGAAGGAGAAAAACAAAUAAAUCAAAAAUAUCUAAUAUCUCAAGUAGACGGUCAUCAGAUUUCUCUGAAAAAUCUUCCUGAAAUAGCUAAUAUUACAGAAGUCAAAAAGAUAUAUAAACUUUCCUCACAAGAAGAAAAUAUUGGGACAGUAUUGGAUGGUAUCAUUUGUAGAAUGUCAACAAAAGACGUUUUGUGAAAUGUGAGAAAGAGUAACAAAAAUUUCAGUAUUAAAAAAACAUUGAUUUUC